CGUGACUGCGUCAUCAGGAUGACGACGACGUAAGCUGACCUUCCUCUCUGCGGCCUUGUCGUUCUCGUCCCUGAAACAGACGAGGAGGACGUUGAAUGGUUUUCUCGGCCGUGUUUGAUUUUAGUCGCCUGAAUUAGAAAACCAGCAGUUGGCCAUGCCGACAACACUGGAAGUACCGACUCUGCAGGACCUGAAAGUGGAUGAGGUAAACGUCUCAUCUGCAGUUCUGAAGGCUGCUGCACACCAUUAUGGCUCCCAGUGUGACAAACCCAAUAAAGAGUUUAUGCUCUGUCGCUGGGAGGAGAAAGACCCAAGAAAGUGUUUACAAGAAGGGAGGAAGGUCAAUGAAUGUGCACUUAACUUCUUCAGACAAAUCAAGGGAAACUGUGCUGAGUCCUUCACGGAGUACUGGACCUGCUUGGAUUACACCAACCUGACAGAACUACGUCACUGCCGCAAACAGCAGCAAGCUUUUGACAGCUGUGUCCUUGAUAAGUUGGGCUGGGUGAGACCUGACCUGGGAGAUCUAUCUAAGGUAACCAAAGUGUCAACCUCGCGGCCUCUCCCAGAGAACCCCUACCACUCUAGACCACGUCCUGAGCCCAACCCGGCCAUCGAAGGCAACCUGGAGCCUGCCAAACAUGGCAGCAGGUUAUUUUUCUGGACCUGGUGAAAUGGCACCAGGAGAAAAAAAA